GUCUCAGGUCGCCAUCCACCGCUGGCUUCCCGGGUGAGACCCGGGUGAGCGCCCUCGGGACGUAGACAAGCGGCCGAGCGCGCGCGCACACACACACACACACCGUCGAUGAACGUCCUUUCUGGUCUGGGAAGGCGAUCAGAACUUUCCACCGCUGUGGUUCACACGGAGGUCGAAGUUGGAGCGGAGUUGCCGCACUGCGGUUUCCUGGGACAGCCAUCUGCUUCAGCCCCAGGAACUACAGCCCAAGCCGGAGGAACGACUCCCGACGCCGACGCUUGCAGCCAUGACUGCUAAGGCUAAGGACUGCCCAUCAUUGUGGGGCUUUGGAACAACAAAAACAUUUAAAAUUCCCAUCGAGCAUUUGGAUUUCAAGUAUAUUGAAAAAUGUUCAGAUGUGAAACACAUGGAAAAAAUUCUUUGUGUGCUGAGGUCUGGUGAAGAAGGCUACUACCCUGAACUCACAGAAUUUUGUGAGAAGCGCCUCGCCCUCUUGGCUCCUAGAAGUCGAGCUCUGAGGAAGGACAAGCCCGCAGCGACGGCGUCCAGCUUUUCAGCGGAAGAGUGGGAAAAAAUCGACAGUGAUCUAAAGACCUGGGUAUCAGAAAUCAAAAGAGAGGAAAGUACACGACACUUCCUUGACCCUGAAGAACAUCCAGGAGUGGAAGAUCCUCUGCCUCCUGUUCGUGGCUCCAACUGCUGCCCUCACAGCGGCAAGGAAACAUAUUCUAAAAGUAAGACAGCAAAGAAGAGGAUUCCAAGGGAUUAUGCAGAAUGGGAUAAAUUUGAUGUUGAAAAAGAAUGUUCAAAGAUUGAUGAAGAUUACAAAGAAAAGACUGUCAUAAACAACAAGGCUCACUUGUCUAAAAUUGAGACAAAAAUAGAAACAGCAGGUCUGACUGAGAAGGAGAAGAGUUUCCUUGCCAGUCGCGAAAAGGGGAAAGGGAACGAGGCUUUCUACUCGGGAGACUACGAAGAGGCCGUGAUGUAUUACACCAGGAGCUUAUCCGCCCUUCCCACCGCCAUUGCUUAUAACAAUCGAGCUCAGGCCGAAAUCAAGUUGCAGAGAUGGAGCAGCGCUCUUGAAGACUGUGAGAAGGCCUUGGAGCUGGAGCCUGGAAACAUAAAAGCUCUCCUGAGACGCGCCACUACAUAUAAACAUCAAAACAAGCCCCAGGAGGCUGCGGACGACCUGAGGAGGGUGCUGCAGGUGGAACCUGACAACGACUUGGCCAAGAAAACCCUAUCAGAGGUCGAAAGAGAUCUAAAAAAUUCAGAGCCUGCCUCUGAGCUCCAAACCAAAGGGAAGCGGAUGGUUAUUGAGGAAGUUGAAAACUCAGGAGAUGAAGGUGGAAAGGGAGGAGGAGAUGAGCGUGAAGAUGGUGGCUCAGAGGACGCGACCAUGGGCAACAUUCAGAAGAAGCUGAUGGUCCGCAGCGAGGGUGGCAGGCGGUCGCGGCGGGGCCGGACCCCGGGGCCCCGAGCCGAGCCGCAGGGAGGCCUGCGAGAGACAGUGACGGCCGGAACCGGCGACAAUCACCACCCGGAGGAGCCGCGAGCCCCAGACAGUCCCGGCCGCCUCAAGAGCCGCGGCAACGAGCUGUUCCGCGGCGGGCAGUUCGCCGAGGCGGCCGCGCAGUACUCGCAGGCGAUAGCGCAGCUGGAACCCACAGGAAGUGCAAAUGCGGAUGUGCUAAGCAUCUUGUAUUCAAAUAGAGCGGCAUGCUACCUCAAAGAAGGGAACUGCAGGGGCUGCAUCCAGGAUUGUAACAGGGCCCUGGCACUCCAUCCUCUCUCAGUGAAGCCUCUUCUGCGGCGAGCUAUGGCCUAUGAGACGUUAGAGCAAUACAGGAACGCAUAUGUGGAUUAUAAAACAGUGCUGCAGAUAGACUGUAGGAUCCAGCUGGCAAGCGACAGUAUUUACAGAAUAACACGAAUCUUAACAGAGCUAGAUGGAUCAAAAUGGCGGGAGAGACUGCCGCCCAUCCCGGCUGUACCUGCAUCUGAGCCACUGCCAGUUCAGCUCCCUGCUGGAGAGACCCCAGACCCAGACGCAUGUCCCAGCAGCCGCACGCCCAGCAGCACAGAUGAAAAAAUGUUCCAAGCCCUCAAGGAGGAAGGAAAUCAACCUGUAAAGGACAAGAGUUAUGAAGCCGCCAUUAGUAAACACAACGAAUGCUUAAAGACUAGCAGCCAGGCGCAUGCGGUCUACACAAACAGGGCUCUCUGUGACUUGAAGCUGGGCCAGUACGAAGAGGCAAAGCUGCACUGUGACCAGGCGCUUCAGAUAGAUGGCGACAACGUGGAAACCUGUUACAGACAAGCGCUCGCCCAGAAAGGACUCGAGAACUGCCGGGAGAGUGUGGCGGACCCCAGUGAAGUCCUCCUAAGCCCAGGUUCCAGUGGGGCAGCCAGGGACCUGGACACUAAGACUGACACAGCACCUCCCAGCAAAGGAAGGGAGAGGAGGAGAAUUGAAGUCCAAGAGGCGGAUGGCAGCAGUGACGAUGAGCCUGCGAGACCCGCUGAGGCCUCUGCUGCCUCCCCGCCUGCCACGGACGGGGUGGAAGACGGACGGUCCGCAGAGCACACUGGGAAACUCCAUGUCUCCAAGCCUCACAAUGCCUAUGAGUUCGGACAGGUCCUAAGCACUAUCAGCGCCAGGAAAGAUGACGAGGCCUGUGCGCAUCUUUUAGCCAUCACCACACCCAAAGACCUGCCGCUGUUGCUAAGUAACAAGCUUGAAGGGGACAUGUUCCUCCUCAUCAUUCAGUCACUGAAAAGUCACCUUGUGGCCAAAGCCCCCUCCCUGGUGUAUGAGCAUCUCCUGCAUCUGAGCAGAGCAGAGCGGUUUAAGAUGAUGCUGACACUGAUUAGCAAAGGCCAGAAGGAGCAGAUGGCGCAGCUACUUGACGGCCUGUCAGACGCACAGACCGACUGCUUCACGGCAGAGGACGUACAGGCCCUAAGAAGGCAGUAUGAGCUGUAACUCGGGCUGCUGAGUUCAAGACAGCAUUGUGAUGGAGGUGCAUGGGUAAAGCUACACCCAGAAGGAUCCCUGUUUGGACACCAGAUGUUGUACUUAUUUUUAUACCCAGAACAUGUAUAUUCUACAGUCUGAUUUUAUGUACUGUAAAUAUUCUCUUCUGUACUACAGCUAACACCUUUAUAUUUAAUAACUAUAUUCAAAACUUGGCAAAUUACACUCUAAUUUAUAAUACAUUUUCUCUUAAUGACCUUCCCAAUAAAAACUUAAAAUACA